GCAUUGUUUUCUAAGCCCAUAGAUCUCUUAAAUCUCUUUCCCUUCUUUCUACGUACUGUGUGAACCCUAUCUCUUCUUCACGAGCUUGAUCGAUGGGAGAACUAAGAUUCCAUCGACAACGUAGAUCCAGCAGCGACGGCUCACGAUUUCGAGUCUCGACGAGUCCCAGACGGUGUGCGGCCAUUGUUCUUGGUCCGGCCGCGGGACAUCGCGCAUCUCCUCGCUGGUUCUUCUUGAUCAGCGAUUAUCAUCUAUUUCAGAUUUUGACCGGUGAGUAACGAAAUCUGCAGUUUCCAUAUGUUCAAUAAAACCCUUAAAGAAAUAUGCAAUGUUAUGACUUAUGCACGUGAGAGGUUUACUUUCACAAGUUCCUAAGGGGUAUUCUUUUAUUGAUUAUUUAUGAAAUUUUCUUUUACCAUUUCCUUAAACUGAUGGGUUAGUAGUUUCAUUUUUUUGUUUCAAACUGUUUGUAUAUUUUUUAUACAAUUGUACUCAUUAUAAUCAAAGAAUUACCAUAUACCUGCGGGGCUUAUUCAAAUAUAUAACCCGAAAGUAGCAUGAAGAAAAAUACCAAAACAGAGAACUAUGAUCUGUGUACACAUAGAGCAGUAUGUCUUCUUCUUUGAACUAAGCUUUUCCAUUGAAAUUGGUAUUAUUAUAGAUAAGUCUUUUUAUGAGAAAAUAACAUUCUUUUACGGUUUUAUAUUAUAUUAGAUGGAAACUCCAGUUCCCAUCCAUCUUUUGCCACUCGAUAAGAGGUCUUGUUGUGGGGAGGAUAGACAAGGCUUUUUUUUUAAUGAAAUAACAUUCUGAACUGCAGUGUACUAUUGAAUAACUCCUGAAAAGGAAUCAUUGUGACGUGCACUUUGUCGCGGUGUGCACUCAAAAUAAUAAUACAAUACAACAAUUAUACGUAGUAUAAUGAAGUAAGGUUCGUAUCCACAGGGAAAGGAAUAUUUCUCUUUUUAAUUAACUAGUAACAAAAGGGGGGUUUAGGUUUGAGUGAUUUAAUUUAAUUAAAUACGAAGAUGAAUGAGUUAUGUGGUUUAAUUAAUGAGAAGGAGACUUGGCUUUGCUUUUAUCCACUUAAUGAAAUGUUCGUCGAUCCCGGUUAUAUCUUUAACUAUCUUCCUCUCGAAUACUCAAUCGAGGAGUAUAUCCAAUUCAUCGAGGGUAGUUAUUAAUAACGAGACGCGUUCAUUAAUAAAACUUACUACCGAGUUAAUAUAGAACACGCGCCGUAUAUUCACUCGAUAGUAGCAAUAAAAUCAAGAUGAAAACGAUUGAGAUUGAUAACCUCAACGCAAGCGGUUUAUUGGUUUAAUCAAUAUAAUUAAUUCCCCUUGGUUUAUUAACCAUGAAACGCAUGCAUUAAUAACCCAAGUUUACUACCGCGAAAGGACCGAAUUAAUAACAAGCGUAUUAAUCGUCCGAUUCUAGUAAUAAUUAAUAUAUGAAACAAAACUAGUUGAUCCUUUAAGUAAUGUCCAAGGAAGAAUAUUAAAGACGAUGAAUCCUACUAUAGUUAAUAUCAAGAUGUUAACUAAUUGUCAUCUUAGUAACACUCCCCAAUAUUAACAUAGAGGAAGAAAUAGCUAUUACUAUAACUAAUGUCAAGAUGUUAACUAAUUGUCAUCUUAGUAACACUCCCCAACAUUGAUAUAAAAAUAGUAUUUAAAGGAAGAAUUAAUAUUCAAGGAAGAAGAUUAAAGAGAAUAACUCACAACUUACAAAUUCAUUAAGCUUCAAAGUAGCAAAACCAAGAUGGAAGAGUUUAGCUCCUCAUUUGGAGACUAAACAUGAAGAAAAUAUAAAGAAAGAACUUGUCUAAAACUGAGCUUAGAAGUAUAUAGGAAUUGGUGUUUUAUUGUGGAGGAAAUGGGGUGUAUUUAUAGGUUUUUUAGGCCUGCAGGGUCGUGUACCCGAUCGGGUUUUCAGCUCAACCGAUCGGGUAAGGGUUAGUUUCCUCGAAACUGAAAAUCUGGGGUCAUACCCGAUCGGGUAUGUCGGCUACCCGAUCGGGUAUGGAUACGCGAUCGAGUUAAAAAUCCUCCUGCAUGUUGCCUUGUUCCCGGUUUGAUUCGAUUUGACUUUUCAGCGACUUACCCGAUCGAGUAUAGAGCAUACUCGACCGGGUACAACACCAAAAAUCAGGAUCUUCAUUUUGUUUUGGAAUUUUUGCACCUUCCUUCCACUUGUGAUGUUCACCAAUGGUCCCUAUAGUGGUCUUGGACCUGUUUGAGCUCAGAACAAACCUAAUCUAAACAAUUUACAAACAUUUUACAAACUAAACUAUUACACCAAAAGUGUGUAAAUAAUUUCUAGAGUCAUAAUCACUCAAAACUAAUCAAAAACACAAUUAUAAACACAGAAAUAACAUGAAUGUCACAUUGCAUUUUUUUCCAAGUGGAUUGGGCUGUUUUUCUAUGCUAGGAUUGUUAGUUCUCUUGAAUGACAGACCUCUGAAUCCCUUUUAUGUCAAUGUUUACUACACGGCCCGUAUGACAACCAGAUGUGGAAGAUCUCAUUCUAGGUAUCUGCUAGAUCCGCUAGAAAGAAACAUGCCUUUUGAACAUAUGCAUUUUAAUAGUUUAACAUUUACUCAAAAGAAACUUAUUAGUUAUUUGUUCAUCUCACUGAAACUUAAUAGAAUUUGUCAAACAAUCGACAUAAUUAUCCAAAUGUUGUUUUUCAACUAAAAAAGAGGUUUCUUAACUACUUCACUAACCGCGAAUUUAUCAAGCGAAAAAUACACCUUCGUACAAAUAAUCAUUUGAUAUCACAUGAUUGAUUGAGUGUUGUGAGCCUGUUUUAGAUUUCCAAUGCUAUUUAUGCUAUAUAGAUUCACUCACUUUUAGUCUAUUUGAUUUUUCUAAAUAGUAACGCUUAAAUUUGACUAUUUAGCACAAAGAAAAUAAAAAAGACUAAAGUGUGUGAAUCAAAUAGACUAUUGGUUAUAAGCUUAUUUAUUUAAAGCUAUUUGAUCCAGUAACUAUUUUCAUAUUUUAUUGAUGUCUGGCCUAAAGAAAAUCAAUAUAUAAUCCAAAAAAGCAUGAAGAACUACAAAACAGAGAGAACUAUAAUCUGAGUGUACACAAAGAGCGGUCCAUCUUCUUUAAACUACGGUUUUAGACGACACACCAAUUAUUAUCUGAUUUCAGUAGCACUAUUAAAUUGAAAUACAAGGAGAGCGGUAUGUCUUCUUUUAACUAAUCAUGUACUCUAAUACGUGAUAGUGAAAAGCAAUAAAGACACGCGCUAGCAAUUAAAGUUACUCCAUGGAGCUGAAAAACAUACUUUGUGAUCUGCAGGGUUGGAGCUGAAGAACAUACAUUAAAUGUAUUUCAUGUUCAGCUAAUGAAGCUUACCAAGGAAAAUGCUAACAAGCUGGGUAAAAGUGCCAAAUCAGGGCGCUCUUUAGGUCGAACUAGUCCUAAAAACUCAUAAGGCAUGUUUUGUUUUGCUCAGUUUUGAGAAACUCAUAGUUUUUAAUAACUCAGGUGAAUAUGAACUACUCAACGAUUACAUAAAGGUCAAUGUGCGGGAGUAAAUACAAAUCCACCCAUCUUACCAUUAUUUUUUCUUUUACAAAGGCUAAUUGAAAUGCGUUGGACAAAGUUGUUUUUGAGUUGCCAGGUUCUAUAUGAAAACUGAAAAACUAGAUGAGGAAUGCUUACUGAAUAAAUGUAGAAACACAGUAAAUGAGUAAAUCAUUAAGGCAAGGAAAAUUGAUCUUAAAUCAGAUAUGUUUCUUCUUUACUUCCUUGCCUACAGAGGGUUUUAUGGAUCUGAUAACAAGAUGUACCUGUGGUGCAUAAGGAGUAUUGCUAUGCAUUUGUAUGAGUGGUUUUUAUUAUUAUAUUAUUAAUAGGGUGUAUCAAUCAUUUUUCAGUGUUGAUGGAUGCCGCUGCUAUGAAGACUUGAUGUGAAGGUGAUGUAGGACGUGUAGGCGGCUCACUUUUUGGGACUAAAUCUUGUAGUUGCUUAGAGCUCUAAUAAUUGAGUUGUAAAAUGAUCACUUUGGUGUUUGAUUUUGCUGGAUUUUUUGUCAUGUUUUGUCCAAGCUACAUCAGAGCUAUUUUCUGGUUUUGCAUACCUAGAAUGCAACUUCAACUACAAUGUAGCUUUAGGUUUGAAAUGAAUAUUGUACUUCAAUCAAUGGUUUGAGAUUUAUUGAUUUUGUUAUUGUAUAUGGGUUUACUGAAUAUUGAAUUGGAAUUUCUAAAAUAUAAUUGAUUUAAAAUUUCUA